UUUUCCACUUCCAAGGCAGAGCAAGGUUGAGAAAAUAUAUUUCAGUCCUACUUGCUGCAUUAAAGCGACAGAAAAAUGGCAAAUUUAAGAGUCAUCAUCUUCCAGAUUUUCUUCUUGUUUCAGGUUCAAAAAGAAAAUAGAAAACUAUUCUAUGAAUGUCAUGCCCUAGGAAUAACAACCAGAGGAGAGACUACAGCUGUUAAAACAAAUACAUCAGAAUCAACAGUGACAUGGGGCAACACAACUACACAAGAUGCAGGUAGCCAGCAAACUACCAGAAUCCCAGUGUCAAGUAUCCCUUCAGUGACAGACACUUCCACCAUUGUACCAUCUACAGGAAGCAAAAACACAACAUUUGGAACAAUAACCUCUCAGAAGAAUGAAACAACAGUUAAUACAACCACUGCUACUCAGUCAACAUUUAUCUCUGUGGCAUCUACUAGACCGGCUACAUUCUCUAUGAUCCCAAUCAGCAAGCCUGAAUUAACAGAUCCUGCAUCUUCAUUACAGACAAUUUUAACUACUUCUGCAAAUGGAUCCAGUCCUUUGUCUGUACUAGCCUUUGCGGUGAUCAUCCUGAUCCUGAUCCUUGUAAUAGUUGUGGUGAUUCUCGUCAGUGUUAUCAGCCUGCGGUUUAAAUGCCGUGAUGUUCAGGAUGCAUCAAUAGAUUCAAGGAAGGCAAGAAAUGCUGCACCAUCAGAAAGCUCUCAGGCUAAUGGAGAAAAAGAGAGCAUUACUCUGGUUUCUAUGCGAACUCUAAGUACUGAAACUGGAGGACCAGAACCAUUAAUGCUGAGGUCUCUUCAGAAUGAUGCUGCUGAAGCUGGUGAGACUGAUAAAAACUUCCAACAAAUAAAUAAUACAAAGUUGGUAUCAAGAAAUUGACAGAGGCCAAUGCUGCAGAUAGGUAUAAACUCCGGAGAAGCAUGGAGAGAAUCUUACAAUGCAACAUGGUCAACUCAAUCUGUUUGUCUUCCCUAUUAUUUUAAAUAAAGCAAUAUCUGAAACAUUUUACAUGCUAUUAUGGACUAAUAAGUGAACUAUAUUCCAGAGUGCUUCACCACUUUGGGAGCUAAAGUAACAUUUAUAUAAGCUGUAACUUUGUAAAUUAUUGUUUUGUUACUUAUUAUUUCUGUCAAUAGAUGUGUAAAGAAUAAUGAAGACUAAACAAGAUGAAACACUGAUAAUUUUAAAUGUAUGAUAUUUGAAUUUGUUUGAUUAUAAUACUUGUUACAGAGGCAUGUCCUCCAUUCAAAACUUUGAUUUGUUCUGAGAUGAUUAGAUUCAGAGAGGGAAAUAGAGCUUAACUUUGCUUCUAAACUUCUGUUAACCCAAUUUUCAAAUCUGUAUACACAAAAAUGCCACUCCUGUUGUUGAAAAGACAAUUAUCUACAACUUCCAAUACAACAAAUACAUGUAGGUAAAUAUAUGAAGUGGAAUACUAUAGAUGUUUAAUUAAUACAUUUAGACAUAUUUAGUUCCUUCAUGACUCUAUCUCCCCAUUGCAUCAUUUCCAGUUCCUUUAGGAAGUAUAAAGUUAUUUUAUGGCAAAAAUGCAUAAAAGUAAAUGGGAAGAAUGUACCUGCAGUAGAACCUGGAUUUGUGAUAGGACUCUUAUUGACCAGAUUUUGUCCUACACAGGUUCAAAAGUACAUGCAAGGUCUUGUGGAUGAGCUUGAACAUCACUGCUUGUGAAACGUCUCAACCCAAACCUUUCAAAUAAAUAAUGCAUGAAUGAGGGGCCAGUCUGGGGAUUCUCAGAUAGGAUUGGCUCAGGCCUAUCAAAAGGUUUUUUUUUGCAAAAUGGGAGGUGGUAAGCCAGUAAGAUGAGAUAUAUUAACUCCAGAAAGAUGGCAGUGUAUGUCAUCAAGAGGGAUUUAGGUUAGAGAUACAUAAUGAAUCCUUGAAAAUAAAUAUUAGUACAUUUCAAUUCAAAACAGAUCAGAGGUAAUCUACAUAGAAUCUCUUGGGGAGUAGUCUAAGCAGCCCCCAAAGACUGCCAGGUAUGGAAGUUCCCAGCUCUGACGUAGAAAGAGUCCAGUAAUCUAAAUGCAUUGGCCCUAUUACAAAUUACCUUCCCUCACAAUGUUCUUACUAGAACCCUGGAAUUUGCACUAAAGACCAGUUUUUGAUUGGAGCAGCAUUAAUUAUACAAUCCUUAUUGCCCUUUAGGAGCACGGUGGUGACCUGCCUUUGUAAGGUACUGCAGUUCAAGGAAUGUAGGUAUGGCCACAAAACUGUUAGGAAAGGUAUUCUAGGAUUUUGACCCAGUGACAGAACAGCAAUGGUGAUAGUAUUCCAAGUCCGUGUGCUAUGUGGCUUAGAAUGAAACUUGCAGUUAAUUGUGGCUCCAUGCAUCUGCUUCCCUUUUCCUUCAUGGUGGAAGAGGUUAUGGGUUUGGACAAAGCCAUCGAAAAAGCUUUGGUGACUUGUAGAUGGUACACAUUGAUGCCAUUGUGCUUUGCAGUGAAUGGGGUUCCAGUCAGGCAGACUGUUUUGUCCUGAAUUGUUGUGAGCUUCUUGAGUAUUUUUUGACCUCUACUCACCCAGGCAAUUCCAUUACUCUCCUGAUUUGAACCUUUUAGGUGGAGGUGGACAGCCAUUGGGGUUACAGCAGUUGAAUUACUUGUCACAGAAUUCCCACAUCCCAACCUGCUCUUAUAAUGACAGUAUUUAUAUAGUUGGUUCAGUUCGGUUGCCAGAGGAUGUUCGGAGUAGAAGAUUCAAAGGUAGGAAUGCAAUGAAUAUCAAGAGGAGAAGGUUAGAUUCUCUCUUGUCUGAUGUGUCUGGUGUUUGCGUGACAUGAAUGUUACUUGCCACUUAUCUGCCCGAGAGUGGAUGCUAUCCAGAUCAUGCUACAUAUAGACAAGGGUUCACUGUUUGAGGAGUCAUGAAUACUACUGAAAAUUGUGCAGUUAUCAGUGAACAUUUCCAUUUCAGACAUAAUGAUGUUGGGAAAGUCAUUUAUAAAGCAGCUGAAGAUGGUUGGGCCUAGUGCACUACACUGAGGAACUCUUAGGUAAAAACAAUGACUGCAGAUGCUGGAAACCA